AUGAGUCUCAUCUACCCUGCUGGAGGCGCAGUUACUGCCCUUGGUGUGGUCGGAUUGUACAUGCUCUUCAAUGGCGAGGGCGAACAAUUCAAUGUCGGUCAAUUUCUCGAGACCGUAUCACCAUACGCUUGGGCGGACUUGGGCAUUGCUCUAUGUAUAGGACUGUCUGUCGUGGGUGCAGCCUGGGGCAUCUUCAUCACCGGCACAUCCAUCCUCGGCGGCGGUGUAAGAGCUCCACGGAUACGGACGAAGAACUUGAUCUCGAUUAUCUUCUGCGAAGUUGUCGCCAUCUACGGUGUCAUCAUGGCGAUCGUCUUUUCCUCGAAAUUGACAAUGGUGCCGGAGGAGACACUGUAUACGGGCUCCAAUUAUUACACUGGUUAUGCACUCUUCUGGGCUGGCCUGACUGUGGGCAUGUGCAACCUCAUCUGCGGUGUCAGUGUUGGAAUCAAUGGAAGCAGUGCGGCGUUGGCCGAUGCCGCCGACGCAAGCCUAUUCGUCAAGGUCCUGGUCAUCGAAAUCUUCUCAAGCGUGCUGGGGCUGUUUGGGUUGAUCAUCGGACUGUUGGUCAGCGGAAAGGCACUGGAAUUUGCUUGA